AUGGUUCGGGGCGCAGUAUUAUGUCGCCGGCGCUCCACCGCGGGCGCUGGUUUCAGUCGUUGCAUCUCAUCCCUGGAGUUUCGGGAUGCGGAUUUUCAUGCCUCGGCCAUGGCGACCGAACCCUUGCAUCACCGCACCAGCGACCUCAGCAUCGUCGCCGCAAGCCCUCAUCCGCCCUCCCACGCCCCGAACGAGCCCUGGCCUAGCAUGCAGGCGUGCGAUCGCUGCCAUCGCCGCAAAUCGCGAUGUGACAAACAGGUGCCCGUCUGCGGGCCGUGUCUGAAGGCGAGCGUCGCCUGCGUCUACACCGACCGGUCCAAAGAGCCUACGUACCGCAAAGAAGUCGUGGAACGCCUGGAGCGGCGCCUUCGACAGUGUGAAGCCACCAAUCGUGCGCUGGCGGCGAGACUGGCGGCCGUCUCACAGCGUAAUAACAGCGGCAGCGGCAACGGCAACGGCUCUGAAGUCUCGGUAUCAGGGCAGAGUCCGUCGUCGAAUCUCGAUACCAGCCCGGAUCAGGGACGGCAGCAGCAACAACAGCAGCAGCCGAAGCAGGAGGGUGGUGAUAACAACGAGGUGACGGACGAGGUCUCGUUUCUCUCUCUGACGGCGGGCGGUGAUCGCCAGUUUCUCGGAUCUGGCAGCGGAGUGCUGUUCGCCAACCUCGUCCGGGCCACCGUCGACGCAGCUCCGGUGCCCAUCUCUACGCCGGCCAGGGCAUCGUUCACGCCGCGGACAUCGCAUCCAGAGACUCCGGUCCAUGGCGGGAGCGCCAGUGCCUUCUCGCUGGGCUCUCCGCCUCCCAGGUCAGAGGGAUAUCAGAUCCCGCCGGAGCCGUUCGCGCGAGACCUGCACCACGCAUACUUCGAACACGACUAUCUCUGCUAUCCGUUUCUGCACCGGCCAACCGUCCUGGCGGCGUUCGAGCAGAUAUACAGCGAUUCUUCCGUGCUGGACCGGGAUGUCUUCUCCUGCUUCAUCUUCUACAUGAUCCUGGCCAUCUCGUCUGUCGACUACCACAAGUUCGACUGGCAGACAAGGCCCGAUGCAGAAAACUUCCAUGUCGUUGCUCUAUCAAAGCUUACGGAGGUGCUACAGCUGGGAGGUAUCAAGCCUCUGCAGGCCAUCCUGCUGCUUUGCCAGUACCGGAUGAGGAGUCCUAUCCAGGAUACAUCAGCCAGUAUGUGGCAUCUGGUUGGUGUUGCUUGUCGUAUAUGCAUCGAGCAAGGUCUACAUCGAGAAUCGACUUACCCGGCAAGGCAGUCGCCUGACCAAAUGGAUCUCGAUGCAUCAAGUAAUACAGUUCGCGCAGAGGUUGGCAGACGGAGUUUCUUCUGUGUCAUUGCCAUGGAUCGCGUCGUUAGCAAUACCCUUGGUAGGCCUGUUGGGAUACGGCUAUCAGACACGGACACGGCAUUGCCCGAUCCCAAAUAUGACCUCGAAGUAAACCCGCCAGAAAGUAGCUUCCACCCUACCACAGACUCCUUCUCUCGCACAGCAUUGUUCGUACACAUAGUUCGGUACCGUAUCAUCUGUGGCAAGAUCCUCUUCUCCAUGGAUAACAGCCAGAUGACGCAGCUGGAUUCCCACGAAGCAUCUGCGUUGUCAAAGCGGGACAGCUUAGCUGCAGAACUCGAGCAAUGGCGUCACGACACGGCCUCUCUUAACCUGCCUGCCGUGGACUUAUCAAGUACAAUACCUGGCGACAGGUCAAGUUUCCGUGCCCAUGAGUGGUAUGAACUACUGUAUUACAAUGCACUGCUGAUGCUGUACCGCCCUUCUCCGGCGCUGCCGGCUGUUUCGUCAACUGUUCCAACAGCAAUUCAGACCAUAUUUACUGCGGCCAAGCAAUCCAUCACCCUCUACGCACAUCUACAUCGUUCGAGGCGGAUAAAUUACACUUGGAUCACGCUUCAUGCCGUGUUCAUGGCAGGCCUCUCGUACAUCUACGCAGUUGGCCGACAUUUCCGCGCAAAACGCCGACUAGCCAUGGGUGGACACGCCGGUACAAUGCUCGACGAAGAUCCGUCGAUAAUAGAGAUUGUCAACGAGACUCGAGCCUGUUCAACCGUCCUUGUGGCGGUUUCUGAACGAUGGAGCGCUAUUCGCCACUCACACGAAGUCUUUCACCGUCUCAGUGAUGCUGUGCUCUCUGACGCCAUCGAGCUAUUAAACAACCCUUCCUCGGCGGCCACAGCUUCGGGGCCCCAGCCUCUCCUCUCACCUAUGAAGAUGGGACAGAUGGCGUCUCCCACAAGCCUGCCCACGUCUCAUCUUUCACCCAUGGGCGGCUCCGGUUUGGACCAAUGGCCUCUUCCGGAUGCCAGUAUGAGUCCCCAACUAGCCGUUGACUCCGUGCUGCGUGACUGCUUUAGAGAUCUCCAGCACAUGAAUGAAUAUAGCUAUGGCGAUGACCCGAUAUGCCGUCUAUCACAAGAUUGGCUUGGAGAGAUUGGUGGAAUGGCUUUGGACGCCGUUCACGUCUGGGGAGAAUGA